GGGUUGCGCAACUAUGUACGUUCAGAAGCAUAGGGCCUGUGUAUUACUCUUUUUAAUGUGUCGCUGUAGGCGAUCCUCCCGGCGAGGGGGAGGGCGUAAAGGCAGGUAAUGGAGUUUGUAGAGAAAAGCAAUAAACGGCUCUUAUUACACAUUAAACAGGAAACUUAAACCCAUUGACAAUGAUGAAGCUUAUAGGAAGUUACAUGUGUGGACAUGGAAAGUCUAUUUUGUUACAGAAGCAGUAGUUUUGUGUGUAGAAUACUGUUGGCGAUGCAGGAACCUAGAUGAUUUUGGCAGUGCCACAAGAAGUUUGCAUUCAGAUUCCUUUUUCCCUCUCGAGGUAUGUGUAGGAAGUGAAAUAGACUGUGAUGAAAAUGCUCCCUGGUGUGGGUGUAUUUGGGACUGGUAGCACUGCACGAGUGCUGGUGCCCCUGCUGAGGGCUGAGGGCUUUACAGUUGAAGCCCUUUGGGGUAAAACAGAAGAAGAAGCUAAACAGUUGGCAGAAGAAAUGAACAUUUCUUUUCACACUAGCCGGACUGAUGAUGUCUUACUGCACCAGGACGUGGACCUUGUUUGCAUCAACAUUCCUCCACCUCUUACCAGGGAUAUUGCAGUUAAGGCAUUGGGUAUUGGAAAGAAUGUCAUCUGUGAGAAAGCAGCUACCUCACUUGAUGCCUUCAAAAUGGUCAGUGCAGCGAGAUACUACCCCAAACUAAUGAGCCUUGUGGGUAAUGUUCUCCGUUUCCUUCCUACCUUCAUUAGAAUGAAGCAGUUGAUUGAUGAGGGUUACAUUGGGAACGUGAUGAUAUGUGAUGUUCGUGUGUAUUGGGGAAGUCUACUGAGCAAUAAGUACAACUGGAUCUGUGAUGAACUGAUGGGAGGUGGUGGCCUUCACACCAUGGGCACUUACAUUAUUGACUUACUCUCUCACUUGACUGGUAGAAAAGCAGAGAAAGUCCAUGGCUUACUCAAGACAUUUGUUAAGCAGAAUGCUGCUAUCAAUGGAAUAAGACAUGUGACUAGUGAUGACUUUUGCUUUUUUCAGAUGCUUAUGACAGGUGGAAUUUGUAGUACUGUAACACUUAAUUUCAAUAUGCCAGGUUUGUUCAUCCAUGAGGUUAUGAUUGUUGGAUCUUCUGGCCGUCUUAUCGCACGAGGCACAGACUUAUUUGGCCAGAAAAACACAGCUAUCCAAGAAGAACUUUUGCUGAGGGAUCCUUUACUCAGUGACACAGCUGGGGUACUUGAACAAGGAUUUAAGGAUAUUCCCUUGUUGUAUCUUAAGGGAAUGGUUUAUAUGGUUCAGGCUUUGCGGCAGUCUUUCGAAGAGCAGGAGGAUCGUCGGACCUGGAAUCAAAAACCAGUUGAGAUGUCAGCUUCUUUUGAGGAUGGUCUAUACAUGCAAAGUGUAGUAGAUUCUAUUAAAAAGUCGAGCAGAUCUGGGGAAUGGGAGACUGUGCAAGUCAUGACUAAAGAACCAGAUGCAAAUCAAAAUUUGUGUGAUGCACUACAAAGAAAUAACUUGUAAAUUUAGUCUGUAACUUAUGAUGUAGUGAAGUAAAGUAAUUGCUACUUUUGAAAAAUGGUUGUGCUCUUAGUCCCAGCUAUUUUGGAGUAAAAUGCCAACUUUGACCAGAGUAACAGAUGUUGCGGAGUUGAUUGCAUUAACUCCUUUUCAGCUUCUCAUAACAGUUGUAAGGCCUAUAUGUGUAGAGCAUAGGCAUGCUUAUUAUACAGAAGUAACAUGCAUUUUCCAUUUGGUUUUAUAGGAUAAUUUUAAAGUAAAACGGCGUUGGGUUUACCAUUCCAGUAAAAUGGUCACUUACUGCUUUCCUUGUCCUUUCAUUCUUGACAUAAAACACUAGGUUAAAGGAAUCCGUGAAGAAAAAGGCAUGCAGUUUCGUGCAGGAUUUUUUUUCCAGAAAUGCCAUGCAUAAUAUAAAUCAUGUCAUGUUCCAUAUUCGCAUAGUAAAAGAGCACCUUGCUGUAUUUUUCAUUUUGUAUGUACAUCUCCAACUCUUCAUGACUGUAGGUUAAAGGGUCUUACCUUCUCGUUAACACAUUUUAGCCAGUGCUACCAAAAAUUGUUCCUUAAAUACCAAGAAAGCUGUAUUUUGGUGCAACUGAAUUGUUAUCCUUUUGGUAAUGCACUGUAUUCAUUAAGAAAAGAUAAUCACAUUGCAGUUGUACAUAAAAUGUCGUUUCUCAGACCA